AUGCAUUGCGGGGAAAUUGUCGGACGUGCUGCAGAAGGUCAAAGUCAGCAACCGGUCAACGGCUAUGAUGGUGUUGGCGAUGGGGGUGCUCAGCAUACCUUGAGAUAUGCGAAGCCUUUGCGGCGCCGUCAAAUGCGCGCAAAGCUCGCUAUCGCUGCCGCUGUCGUGGUUGCGGAAGUCAAGGACGCCUGUGGUCAGGAGGAAUGCGACGAGGAUGAGAAAGUCUCGUUCUACGAGAUGAGCCUGAUUUCAGAGGUCUACGACGUGGUAUGGUGUGGUGGUGGUGGGGACGAGACGGCCACCCUCGCAGCUUCAGAACUCUACAACCACGAGUCCGAUCGUGACCGGAGUACGCGGAAUGGAAUCCUGGCAUCAUCAAUAGCCAGCUCCUACAUUUUUGGAAGCAUGGUACACUGUGUUGGUGGUGGCCGUGGUCCGGGCACCGCCGCACACACGGCGGCCGUCUCAGCAGCGCCAGGGCAUCUCCAGCGACUACAUACCAAAUCUCUCAACCGCCUGCAUUGCCAUACAACAGCCCUCCUCGGAAUCGACACGCCCAAAAGCUCUCCACCGCUCCGAACUCGUCCAAAAGCUGCCCAACCGAGCCCCCCUCUGACCCUCUUUGGAGCCCGCAAAACCGCACGCACAAACAACUUUCCAGAAGAGGGACAGGAGCAGAAGCCCCUUAGGAGUGAGGUGGGAGGCGACAUGGCUGAUCUAGGGGCAAAAUGCGACUACCGGCAGACACCGCGGACACCACGCUGUUUCGGCAGCUUCCCACAACGAGCACCUCGGGCAUCCAUGCUGGGCGCGUACAAGCACGAAUGA